AUGCAGGCACAAUACUGCUAUGAAUCAUUAAAUAGAUCAUGUGAAAAGAAUGGUUGGUCCUACAGCAUCAAGAUCCCAAUGUAUGUCUUCAUGGUAAGCACAAUUUUAGCUACAGUGGCUGGUAACCUUGCAGUUAUCAUCUCGAUUGCUCACUUUAAGCAGUUACACACUCCAACAAAUUAUUUGAUUGUCUCAAUGGCCACUGUGGACUUUCUUCUUGGAACCCUUGUUAUGCCAUAUAGCAUGGUGAGAUCCGUGGAGAGCUGUUGGUACUUUGGGGAGUUGUUUUGCAAACUACAUACAAGUAUAGACAUCAUGCUCAGCACAGCAUCCAUUUUUCAUCUCUCUUUCAUUUCUGUGGACCGAUACUAUGCUGUGUGUGAUCCGUUGAGAUAUAAAACAAGAAUGACUGCAUUUACAAUGGUACUUAUGAUCUUUAUAAGCUGGAUGGUACCCGCCAUAUUCGCAUUUUGUAUGGUCUUUUUGGAACUGAAUAUUAAAGGAUCAGAAAAUUAUUAUUAUAAUCAUGUAAGCUGCUCUGGUGGGUGUUUUGUCUUCUUUAGUGAAACAGCAGGUCUAGUUUCUUCUAUGUUAUCUUUCUACAUCCCGGGAUUUGUUAUGCUUUGUGUUUAUGGGAAGAUAUACAUUAUAGCAAGAAGGCAAGCCAGGUCAAUCAGAGAUGCAACCAACCAGAACCAUUUCCAGAUAACUCUUGAAGGAAAACAAGUUUCAAGAAAUCAAGAAAGGAAAGCAGCAAAGACAUUGGGGAUAGUAAUGGGGGUUUUCUUAAUUUGUUGGUCUCCAUUUUUUUUCUGUACAGCUACUGAUGCAUUUAUGAACUAUAUUAUCCCACCGAUUGUUAUUGAUGCAUUUGUAUGGAUAGGAUAUUUGAAUUCUACUUUUAACCCAAUGGUUUAUGCAUUUUUUUACAUGUGGUUCCGCAGAGCCUUAAAAAUGAUUGUGUUGGGCAAAGUUUUUAAAAUUGAUUCUUCAAGAACCCUGUUGUACUCUGAAUGA